AUGCGAAGUCCGACGAGUUCCCACCAUCACGACCCCGAAUCUAGCCCGUUGGCCUGGCUUUGUGUUCUCGGAUCUUUCAUGUUUCUUUAUCCAUCAUACGGUUUCAUGCAAUCUGUGGGAACUGUUCAGUCAUACCUCCAGCUGAACCAGCUGAGUGAGUACUCCACUCGCGAUCUUGGUUGGAUAAGCGGCAUCUUCACCUCGCUUGCGCUAUUUCUUGGAAUCCAGGCUGGGCCGUUGAUGGACGCCUAUGGCACGAAGUGGCUAGCUCCCAUCUCUGUAGCACUCUAUGUGCCUGUGUUCUUCAUCAUGGGCGAAUGCACGCAAUACUGGCACUUCAUUCUCUGUCUAGGAGUGCUAGGUGGCAUCGGCGGCGCUCUCACGUCAACAGUCGCGGUGGCAGUGAUCGGAAAACUCUUCAACCGUCGCAAGGGACUUGCCAUGGGUGUCGCCCUGUCCGGAUCCUCGUUUGGAGGUGUGACAAUCUCGAUGAUGCUUCGGUCAAUCCUACCUAGACUGGGCUGGCAGUGGUCCAUGAGAAUCAUGGGCUUCCUAGUUCUCGGUAUCAUGGUCGUGGGCGUCCUAUGCUUUCUUCCGUAUCCUCGCUUGUCGACUCCCGUUGCCGGAGCACCAGUUGGGAGAGUAGGAGCCAUGCUCAACUUCUCAGCCUUUCGCUCUCCGCCUUUUGGAUUUAUGGCUGGAGGUCUCUUCAUGCUAGAGUUUGUUCUCUUUGGAAUCACUGGUCUAUUGCCCACUUUUGCCAUCGCUGCAGGCUUUCCCUCUAAUAUCGGCUUCUCCCUUGUAGCCAUUUUGAACGGCACUUCAUGUUUCGGCCGCAUCAUGACCGGCGUGAUCGGCAUUACUAUCGUGUUUACCGGUGUCGUUUUCGUGCCUUUUGGGACCAAACAUAUUGGUGCCUUGUAUGCCUUUGCCGCUCUAUGGGGCUAUGGAUCUGGCUCCUUCCUCUCGAGCACGCCAGUCUGUCUAGGAAAGACUUGCGAGCCGAAGGAUUAUGGGAGGUAUCUCGGCACAAUGAACUUCGUGGUUAGUUUCUCAUUGCUAGUCACUGUGCCCAUCGGAGGGCAGAUGCUUGAGAGUAUGGGUGGGACGGCACUCUCGGGGUUUUAUCUUGCUAUCCUCUUCCUGGGUGGUGUUUGCUACUUUGCUGCUCGUUCCCUUCUUCUAGGAGGAUGGCUUACCCUAAGAGCUAGGAUCUGAUUUCAAAGCGCACCUGGCCUCAGCUUUAAGUACUUUGAAGGCCAUGUAAAAGUUAGACUCGAAAGGUCGAAGACUCAGGCGGCUGAACUUGACAUUUGCGGCUUAAUUGUACCGCAGUGGGAUUGGCGGGCAACAAAUACAGAGGAGGGGCAUAGGUGAUGAACAGUAGAUUUCCUGUAACUGGUAGAUUAAUAACGGCCCCCAUAUCUACUCUGCAGGGUGAUCCUCAAUAUUGGUAUUCCUUUUUGUCGCUUAGAGACCAAACAAGUUCGUCAUGAACCGCUAGACAAGUGGGGAAGAGGUUCCACCCGAAGGGCGCGAAAGAUCUCUCGGCGUGCAGGAGGAUAGAGGGCCCGGACCGGUAUCAUGGGCGAAGAACCGGGUUGACGACCGGAGAAUCGGCUACUAUCUCGACAAUUCUUUACCUUUGCGGAAC